AAACAGCCCAUUAAUUUUCGUGGGAGUCCCUCGGAUUGAUUUUUUUCGAGUUUGGUUUGUCAUGUUCCCAAAGCACACAGUGGGUUUCUCUAUCGCACACCAGACGGGAUGGGUCUAAUAGACGCGCCCACACGAGCCGAUAACGGGUUUAGUUCACAUCUCCACGGCGCGGUUAAUGGCCAGAUCGCCGGUAACGGAGUAGUUCAGUCUCAUGCGGAAUCCAACGGAGCCUCAACCGAGAAUGAGGUGUUCAAAAGGAGGAAGUCGAGCAUGCUACCGCUUGAAGUCGGGACGCGCGUGAUGUGCCGCUGGAGAGACGGCCAGUAUCAUCCCGUGAAAGUCAUCGAACGCCGGAAAGUACCAUCUGUCGGAAACAAUGACUACGAAUACUACGUUCACUACACAGAAUUCAAUAGGAGACUUGAUGAAUGGGUUAAGCUUGAGCAGCUUGAUCUGGAUUCUGUGGAGACUGUUGUGGACGAGAAGGUGGAGGACAAGGUAACAAGCUUGAAAAUGACACGCCAUCAAAAGCGUAAGAUUGACGAGACACAGGUGGAGGGUCAUGAAGAACUUGACGCUGCUAGCCUGAGAGAACAUGAAGAGUUCACAAAAGUUAAGAAUAUUGCAACGAUUGAACUUGGGCGGUAUGAGAUUGAGACAUGGUAUUUCUCCCCAUUUCCCCCAGAAUACAAUGAUUGUACGAAGCUGUUCUUCUGUGAAUUUUGUCUCAAUUUCAUGAAGCGAAAAGAACAACUUCAGAGGCAUAUGAGAAAAUGUGAUCUGAAGCAUCCUCCUGGAGAUGAGAUUUAUCGAAGUGGUACCCUGUCAAUGUUUGAGGUUGACGGAAAAAAGAAUAAAGUUUAUGGACAGAAUCUGUGCUACCUGGCAAAGUUAUUUUUGGACCACAAGACCCUUUACUAUGAUGUUGACCUCUUUCUCUUUUAUGUACUUUGUGAAUGUGAUGACCGUGGGUGCCAUAUGGUGGGAUAUUUUUCAAAGGAAAAGCAUUCCGAGGAGUCCUACAAUUUGGCAUGUAUCCUUACUCUGCCACCUUAUCAGAGAAAAGGAUAUGGGAAAUUCUUAAUUGCAUUCUCAUAUGAACUUUCUAAGAAAGAAGGUAAAGUCGGAACGCCAGAAAGACCCCUUUCUGACCUAGGUAUGCUAAGCUACCGGGGAUACUGGACUCGCGUCCUCCUGGACAUAUUGAAAAAACAUAAAGGCAACAUUUCCAUCAAGGAGCUUAGUGAUAUGACUGCAAUCAAGGCAGAAGACAUUCUAAGCACCCUUCAGGCCCUGGAGCUAAUUCAGUACCGAAAGGGGCAACAUGUCAUCUGCGCAGACCCUAAAGUCUUGGAUCGACACCUAAAGGCUGCUGGCAGAGGUGGUUUGGAAGUGGAUGUCAGCAAACUGAUAUGGACUCCAUAUAAAGAGCAGAGCUGAUUUUAAGAAUAGCACUCCCUUUAGCACCCAUUUCUCUCUUUUAGGAAGCUAUGUACAUGGUUAGGUGUAACAUACCGACUCUCUUGCUUCAAGGUUUUUGCAACACAACAGAGUGACAGACUGAUCGAUCUACAACAUGACAAGUGAUGUUUUAUACCAUGGGAAUCACUCAUCUUAUAGGCAGCGCUCUCAUCUAACUGUGUAUAUCUAACUCUGACAUUUCCAUCUUUAGUGUUGCACUUUUUAUUUGUAUCAACAGUUUUAUGCAUGUACUGGACAUGUAUUUCAAUUAAAUAUCUGCUUUGGAUGGUUAAGUUACUUAAGUAUGAUUUGUUAAUUAUCGAUCCUAACUUGAGUUUGCGG